AUGUUCUCCACAGAGCAACCCGAGCACCCCCUUCUACGUCCCUAUGUACCCCGCCACUCUCUUGACUCGUCCUUCUUCACCCUUUCCUCAAUACCACAACCCACAUACUCCUCUUCUCUCUCCCCACCCGGUUCACUGGAAUAUGACGAAUCAGCUGGCAGUUGGAACACAAGCAUGUACGUCGAUCCACAAGAAGGGAUACAAUCACCACGCUUCUAUUCACUAGCUAAGCAUGCACGAGAUAUGCUAGAGCCAGCCAUAAAAGCAAAAUUAGAAAAUACAGCAGAGGCAGUCGGAAGGCUAUGGAGCGCUAUCAAUCCAGAAGUAUACGAGACUGGUUUCUUUGUCGGUCCGAGGCUAUUUGUGAGUAGGCUGAGAUUGGGUGAUACCAACGCAGCAAAGAUUGAGAGUAUGAGUACCGCCGGUUAUGUAUCUAUUGCAAAAACUUGCCCACGGAGCGCUAUUCCUGUGAAAUGUUUAUGGGCCAGUGACGAAGCCGACUUCGGAUUGUUUCUCGUAAUAAACAAGACUUUCCGUGCGCCUGGAUAUCUCGAAUUACCGGAUGACUCUUCAUCUGAAGUAGCAAAAAACUUGCGAUAUAGGGACAGCGUGGUAGCAAUUGUAUAUAACGGCACACCUAAUAGACAAGUACUCGAAGAACGCAAUGCAUUGCGAUAUCGAGAGGCUGAUGAAGAUGGUCGACCCAAAAUCCCCGAAGACUUGAGCACUAUCCUUCAUCCGCGCGCAAAAUCCGUCGCAUCUGGCAGCGUUGUCGGUCUCCCUUCUCUUGAUCCAGAUUUACCACCGACAAUGUUUCGCAUCUCUGCCAGUCUAUGGGAUGGUGCAAGCGGUGGGCCCGUUUUUGUCAUACGCGGAACAGACAUUUUGCUUAUUGGAAUGGUUUCAUUAUGUCCGGGAGAAACUGAAGGAAAUGAGGCGUCAUUCUUGUACAAUUGGCACAAAAGCAAAGUGGCAGCUGCCAUUAAAAAGGCACAAGAACAACAGAUGUACCUUUUUAGCAAAGACGAACUCCAACACUUUCACAAGCUCACACGUAGACCAACACCACCACACAAACGUGAAGACUCGGGACGGGCGAGAAACAGUGUUCCAUCAAAAAGAUCAUCCCGCUUAUUAAGCCCACUUCCCACAACAAGACCCACAUCGUUCAUUGUAGUUUCAGAAGAAAAACACGGGAUCGAUGGUUUGGACUUGGACAUGCCGCCGCAAAAGAACGAGAGAGAAAGAGAAGAAAGACGAGAUAGCGCUUGCGAGAUUACCAGCGACGAGGACAACAAAAAAGAACUGGUCGGGUUUCCGUACCUUCCGCCUCUGACCAAAAGCACCAAUUACGAGAAUCGUUUCUCGUCUGUAUCUAUAUUUUCCGACAUCGACUCUUCGUCCGAUCUUUUCUCGUUCAAUUCAACGAUAACUGCAUCGCCGAUACAGUCGAUUUCAUUAUCGACGCCGUUAACGGUUUCCAAACCGACGCCUCGAGUCGUGGUCAGAAAGCAGCCAACAAGCAAGACACGAUAUACUCGGCUACAUCCACGGACAUUGUUUAAUGAUGGGCUUCUUUAUUUCUUUGUGGUCACUUUUGUGCUUUUAUUUGGUGUGAUUCCGUUACAUCCAAAGAGUUGA